GAGUGAAAAAGGAAGAAGAAAACGAUAUAGAAACGGCAACUCAAAAGAAAGAAAAAAAUCCAGAGGAUUAGGGUUCCCUUGGAUCCCUCUGUGCUCUCUUCUUCGAUCGCUUAAAAUCGUGGAAUGGGUAAGUAACUGAUAAGGAGAGAUAUCGAUGCAGUUGUAAAUCUAGUUUUUUUAGGGUUUCGAACUCGGGAGUGGAGUUUUACACUCUAAUCGAAAAUUAAUUUUAUGGUGGGGGAAAUUGGAAAUUGAAAGAAUCGAAGAAUUUUUGUUGAUUUGUAAAUAUGCGAGGAUUGAAGAAAUCAAAACGAGUUUGUUGGGCAUCAGAUGUUAAUCUUUGUCAGGUAAGGCUGUUCCUGUCAGAGGAAUCUCCUUCACAAAUCGGGUCAGGUGCUCAAGAUCACCUCCAAGCAAAGUCAUCAUGGCCAACACAUUCAGCUGGAACUGAUGACUUUCUGCCACCUGGCUUUGAAGGAAGCCAUCCUUCAAGCCAGUUGCAGAUCAAGUUGUCAGAAGUCCCUGUGAUAAAAUGGAGAUGUCCGCCCAGGCUUGUCUUGAACUUGACUUGGCAAUUGGUUGCUGGGGAAGAAAGCGAAGAGAUGGAGGUUCAAAAUCAGAGGGAGAUGAGAGUGCUUGAAGCUGUUUAUCCCCGACCAUCUGCCAUUCCUCCAAACUCCACAUUUUCUGUGGACCUGGAAAGCUCUCAGCAUGGUGAUCAUCAAAUUCCCCUGAUUCCUAUUACCCCCAUUGAAGAUGAAGAUGCAACAGAGGCACCAUCUGAUGUGAUGGGACCAUCAAUGGUUCCAAUGAAUUCACAAGCCCAGCUAUUAGCUUCUGGAUUUCCAUCCUUUCAAAAUGGCAUUCCUAGCUUUCCAAAUGGGAAACCAACUGCAGGAGUUCUCCCUGGUGUCGAACCCGAUGCAAUGGCUGCUGUCAAUAAAAGCAGUGAGCAGGGAAGUUUGAUAGACCCUGACCUGCUCCUCAAAAUUCUCAGCAACCCAAAAUUGAUUGAGAAGUUGGUUACUGAUCAUGGAGCUGUAGCCAAUGCACAGAAUAAUCCCAAUACCCCUUUGUCAGAUCCUCUAACUUCUCAUGUAACUUUGCCCAAUCCAGCACAUAUUCAAAUGAAUAGAACAGAAUCCAGUGCACAAGCAUCUUUAACUGCGACUUCAAGUGGAUCAUUCUACACGCAGCCAAACGGGGUGCCAAUGGGGGUUCCUUCUAGUGCACGGAUUCCUCCACCAGGAGUUCCAUCAACACCUACCGGAGUGACACAUGCAAAGGACAUUAAUUACUAUAAGAACUUGAUUCAGCAGCAUGGAGGCGAUAAACAAGAAACACCUCAGCAGUUUGGUAGCCGUUACAAUCACCAAGUAGGAACAAGCCAAGAUUUAGUUAAUUCCAAGUCAAGGGAAUCGAAACACAAGAUUAUGAAGCCUUGUAUUUACUUUAAUAGUUCAAGAGGAUGCCGGAAUGGAGUCAAUUGUGCAUACCAACAUGAUUCAUCAUCCCAGCAAAAGGGCAGUGGCAUAACGGAGGUGCAAAGCUCAAAGAGAAUGAAAAUGGAUCGGGAGAUCAGUAGCUAGUGUAAUAUUUCAAGUAGCUUUCAUCUGACAAAAAAGGCUUAUAGCUGCUCAACUUUUUAUACUUUCUAUUUCAUUUUUGGUUUGAUCGUUCAGCAAAAAGUUCCUCUCUAUCGUGGAACGUUAAAGAUUAAAUUAUGGGCAGAAACCAUCAUACUUAGAGGUUGAUGCGACGUCUCUUCUAUCUAUCUUGAGCUUACAUUGAAGUUGGUAUGGAGUUGCUAUUUUUGAGCAA